AAGGGCCUCGGCCCUGGAGGAUCGGCGGCGCAGCCAGGCCGAGGCGAGCGGCUGGCCGCGAUGGGGUGGCCGCUGUGGGGGUCUCCCUCCCCGCCUCUCGGAGGAGGGCCAGAGCAGGCCCUGGUCCAGGACGAUGAGGCUGGCGAUCGACGCCUGCCUCGCUUACAGGGCCCUCAAGUCCGGCGGCGGCGCGGCCGCCGAGGCGCUGGAGGCCGCGGCGCGGGCGGCCCACGGCGCCGUUUCGGGCGUGCUCCUCAACCACUCCUCUUGGCCGCCCUCUACUACAAGGACGCGCAGUUUCGGCAGGAGGUGCUCCCAGGCUUCGGCGGCACGGGCGCCACGCUCGAGAGGGGCUCGGAGUUCGUCCGGGCGUGCUAC